AUGGUGGCCACGACCGAUCCCGCAUCUACGAGCAAUCGGAUUAAAAACCAGAGUCUGAACGGCAACGUUAACCCGCCAAGUGCAGUCGCCAUGAAACCCACGCCGAUGGCACGAAUAACGCAGAGCGCCGAAUUGGACGAAUACACCGCGCGAAUGCGAAGUUUCCUUGCGAGUGUGGAGGAAUCACAGUUGCGUCGCGAUCAAGGGGUCAAGGGAAUGUCACUUCAUCGCGGAGAGAGUGAUGAUAGUGGCAGUGGCAAUGAGAGGGAAAAGUCACCUGAGUUCUGCUGGAUGGAUCUCGCGAGUGUGAGGAGGGAGCAUGGGGGGGCAAAUCUCAGUGGUGAUGAUGCGAGUGGGGUUGGCAUCUCGGAAGAGACAACAAAACUCCCACCUCAUCACCCCUUGGGCAUCCUUGCUGAUGCCCGACACCACCACUAUGCUCACCACAAUCACCAUCACCAUCGAGGAGAACAUCGGUCUGCAAGUCCUGGAGGAAAGUCGUUAUUGAGCAAGAGGUAUAUGGCGCAUGCGCCGCAAGCGCCCAUGCCGUCGACCGGGAUCGGCCGUGGAUCAGCCGAGAAACACUGCAACAGGUGA